AUGUCGUUACUCCUCCAGGACAAUUUAAAUCACGCCCGCGAGGCUCAGGACCUCCUGGUGCACAGCCUCGCGGAGCUAGGUGGAUGCCUUGCGGUAGCGGCCGAGCCUUACUCCGUCCCAGACCACCCGUCGUGGCUGGGGUCGAGGGACGGCUCGGUCGCAUUAUACUUCCGGUGGGGACAUGCGUCCAUCUUCUUCUCCCCUCUCGAAAAGGGAGAGGGAUUUGUCGCAUGCAAAUGGGGAGAACUGGCGAUCGUGGGGUGUUACUUCUCCCCCACGAGGCCCUUCCACGAAUUCGAGGAGUUCUUGAACGGACUGGAGCGGGUGAUACGCCGCCUUCAGACCUGUCCUUUACUGGUCCUGGGGGACUUUAACGCCAAGUCGGUGACUUGGGGUUCCCCCAGGACCGAUGUACGUGAAAGGGUCCUUGAAGAAUGCAUGGCGGCCUGCAGCUUUGCCACAGUCAAUGAGGACACGCAACACACGUGCGUGAGGCGCAACGGGGGAUCCAUCGUCGAUGUGACCUUUGCUUCCCCGUCCGCCAUUGCACGUGUGUCCGAGUGGAAGGUCAAGGACGAUCUGGAGACUCUCUCCGAUCAUCGUUACAUUACGAUGAAGGUCUCCGAGCUCCCUGGUCCCCCUCGGGGUCGCCACGAAGAAAGACGACACCCCCGCUCCAAAGGUGGGUCCUUAGAAAGCUGGACCCAAGUAUCCUGUCCGCCGCUGCUCAGGCCGCGGCCUGGCCAAGUCCACCGGCCGGGCCGCGCGACCUCCGAGCGAAGCUCCGGUGGUUCCGCGAGACGUUGGUUAUGA